UCACCUCUCGGCGCAGCCCCGGCCCCGCAGCCGCACGCUCGCCGCGCGCUGGAACAGCCGCUCCGCCGCCAUGUCUCGCCGGGAGGAGCCGCGGCGGGCGGCGCGGGGCACGCCGGGACGGGCAUGGCGGCGCCUCAGCCCCAGCCCGGCCGCUGCGGCUUCUUCGUGCAGAGGAAGAAGCGGUUCUGCCGCAUGGUGGCAGCGGCCGGGAGGCGGUUCUGCGGGGAGCACGGGCCGCAGGAGGACGAGAACGAGAGGAAGAGGAUCCCCUGCCCUCUGGACCCCAAGCACACCGUCUAUGAAGACCAGCUGCAGAAGCACUUGAGAAAAUGCAAUUCAAGAGAGAAGCCGAAGCCAGUCUACUUUGUUCAGGAUAUCAAUGCAGGUUUAAAAGAUGUGGCAGAAACACCAGGAAAACGAGUUCCUGUCUCUUCCCUGUCUAAAGAGGAGCUGGAGAACUUAAUCGUCAAGUUGAGAAAAGCGAGUAACGGCCUGGAGCAUCCCCUCAGGGAGCAGAUACUGUCCCACCAGGCUUUACAGGACGCCUUAAACGACCCAAAGAACGGGGAAUCUGCUUCAAAACACUUGAAACAACAGGCUUCUAUUCUAGGUAACAUGGAAAAACUACAUCUGCUUGGGCCAGGAAGGUGCUUUGUUGAGUUUGGAGCUGGGAGAGGAAAGCUGUCUCACUGGGUUGCUGCUGCCUUACAGAACGUGGAAAACGUUCACUUCCUGCUGGUGGAAAGGGCAACGACCAGAUUCAAGGUGGAUGGGAAACACAAAAGGAGAGAUUCUGCGUUCGAAAGGCUUCAGGUUGACAUUCAACAUUUAUGUUUGAAUAAGGUACCUAGCUUGGAGAAGAAAAAGCUGCCCGUGGUGGGAGUAGGGAAACAUUUGUGUGGUGCUGCAACAGAUCUUGCUUUGAGAUGUUUGGUUGAAAGUUAUGCAGCUUGCUGUGAUGGAGAAAGUGAAGAGCCUGCACCCAAACGUUGCAGGAGUGCCGAGACAGAGGUGGCUCCCAACACUUCUGCUGAUCAGGAAAGCAGGGAUGACUGUAAGCCUGUGGCUGGGAUUGUGAUCGCACUCUGCUGCCAUCACAAGUGUGACUGGACACAUUAUGUGGGCAGAGAGUUCUUUACAUCAGUAGGGCUUGGACCAGUGGAAUUUCAUUAUUUCCAGAGAAUGAGCAGCUGGGCUACCUGUGGCAUGAGAGAGGCCCCAGCCCCAGCCCCUGCCAGGGACGAGGGCGAAGAGGAAACUCACGACACAGCAGACGAGCAACCAGGCAGCGAGGCAGAGAGCGGCUCUGGGGCGCUGCAAGGGUAUGGCAGUGGGCAAGCAGACCCCCAGGCUCUGAGCGUGGAGGAGCGGAAGGAGAUCGGGCAGCUCUGCAAACUGCUCAUCGACCACGGGCGCCUGCAGUACUUAGAGCAGCGAGGGUACAGGGCUUCCCUGCAGCGCUACACGGAGCCUGCUGUGUCCCUGGAGAACGUCCUGCUCACAGCCGUGCCAGGCCAGCUCUGACAGCACAGCCAGCCACGUGAUGAGAGGGGUUGGGAAGCCGGAGGGAAAAACCCUAUAAAACCAAUCUCUGCUUUGGUUUGAAGCUGAUUCGUUGCUUAACCAAAAAAAAACGGUUUUGUCUUUCCUGCAGCCUGGAAAAGAUUGGCCCAGCUUCACUGAGAAUGACAAACCUGCCAAGCAGUUCUCAUCAGUGGGAAAAUGGAAUCCCCAAGGAUAUUUGAAACCUUUUGUACCCCUCUUUGCUAGGAAGAAGUAUACUUGGUGUCUUCCUCCACUCACGCUUACGUGCUUUAUUCAUUGUCACUUAUGACAGGAGAAGGACCAGCAGUACAACUUUCCAGGUUUCCUGAAAGACAGGGGGUUAAAAUAAAAAUCAACACACUCCCACUUUGUGGAGCUGAGCAUAGCUCUGUAUUUGAAGUAGGCCGAGGUGCUUUGCUCAGCCUGUGCUGCAAGGGGCAUCUGCUAGAGAAGAAAACUCAUUUCUAAACUGUCACCUUGGUAUAUUCUGGCAAAUUUGAUUAUUCACUCAUGAAAUAAGAAAGAAGCUUAUGCGUGUCUCUUUUGUACACAUACCCUAGCUUGCUUUUACCCAGCUUGUCCUUCCCUUCCUCACUGUAUUCCAGAGAGACUGGUAUUAAUAAAACAGCCUUACCUGUU